UUCGAGAAAUUCAUCAAUGAUGAUACGUUCAAUCCAAUUCGGAUCUCGAACAAGAGCGAUUUGGCCCAAUUUCUAUCCUUGUAUCCCCCGGCCAACACGGCCGAAUUCGCCUCCCUACCGUUUCCAAGACAGCUAUGCUAUUCAUGGAUGGUUCCGCGAAUCUAUAAAGCUAUUCAAGAGUAUGUGGACCUGUGUCGUCGGUUCUGUGCCCAUGUGGAUUUAGCCUGUAGCGAGUUGGAAGACACGAUUAAUCGUGCCACAAAUGCACUGUUUAUCGAUUGUCUGAAUGUGGUGCUCACAAGCAGUGUACGUCAGUCUGAGCGUAUGUUACCCCGUUUGAUCCAGUUCUGUACAAAUUUGGAAGAGCUGGAAACCGCAUGUGGGCAUCUGGAUGCCUAUUUGCAACAGAUUGUUCCAUCCGGACAGGAGGAGACGUUCCAGGAUCAAUCUAAUGGAACUGCAGUUAACGGAAAGGAUAACUCGUCUGGUGAUCUAGGUCCCACUGGUCUGUCAACCGGUGCAAAUCCACCGCGAAGUCGAUUACAAGGAGCUUCACUACUCAAAGAUAUCCGUGCCCUAGUGGAGAGUUUGAUCUAUGGUCAUUUGAAUGAUUGUGUCGACGAGUUCAUCAGCCUGAUCAAUUACAAUCAGUCGAACGAGAACACAGACGGGUUCGGUUUGAACAACGGAUCGGUGCAAAACAAUCUGAAACCGAACGAGCACAUUAUCGAUUUGACCAAUUGGUUAUCGACCACAUUCCAAGCUCUGGCCAAUAUUCCUCCCAAAGUGGCUCAGACAGCUUGUAUUUCCGUGUGCAAACACAUUGCUCGUUCACUGUACGAGUUGUUACUCAGUCCUCAUGUGAGUUUACUGUGA